UGAAGGAGGAGGAACAGAGACACGGCCAAAUGUCUUCUGACUUGAUUAAUAUACAUACCUAAUUCUGUUAUUUUAUACGGCCGGCAAAUUAAAAGAGCUGGCCACUUCAUUCCGCUGCUCCGUGUUUCCAUUAGCCAGAGUGUGGGGAAUGGGAGGACCAGGUUAGGGAUGACGCUGGUGGCAGCCUGGCUGUGUAAAUUAGUGGGCGUGUCCCAGGGCUUGAUCAGUACAGUAUGUAGAGUAUUCAUCAAGAGGCAGCUCCUCCCUUACACACGCCCUGGAUGCUUUUAAUUGCUCCUGGUAAAAUAACUUUAAGAGGCGUUACAGAGUGGGACAUGGAGAGGCUUCCUUUGCCUUGUGUGUGUGUGAGAGAGAGAGAGCGAGACAAGCUGUCAAUUUAGUUUUUUUGGUGCAGAUGCACAACUGUUGGGGGUGUGUUACGUGUGUAUGUGUUGACUCAAAUUGGGAGGGAAAUUGCCCACAGACACCAGCAACAAGUUUAGUGGUCCUGACCUAUGGGGACAGAUUCAUUACGAGAGGGAGGAUCCAAGGACAAAGCACUGCCCUAACAAUAGAGACCAUGCCUGCAGUAGCACAGCAGAGGUGCAACAGCAAAGGGGGCCUAUUGUAUUAACUCUGAGAGCGGAGUCCCAUCUGAAGGACUGUGUGACAGUGUAACUACUGCAGCACUGAAUGGUGCUUGCUUGGUAGGACACAGAAGUUUACAGGAUAUACACGUUCCUGUAGGGAUUUACCCAGACAGGUCAAAUGAUAGGACACAGAAGUUUACAGGAUAUACAGGUUCCUGUAGGGAUUUACCCAGACAGGUCAAAUGAUAGGACACAGAAGUUUACAGGAUAUAUACGUUCCUGUAGGGAUUUACCCAGACAGGUCAAAUGAUAGGACACAGAAGUUUACAGGAUAUACAGGUUCCUGUAGGGAUUUACCCAGACAGGUCAAAUGGUAGGACACAGAAGUUUACAGGAUAUACACGUUCCUGUAGGGAUUUACCCAGACAGGUCAAAUGAUAGGACACAGAAGUUUACAGGAUAUACACGUUCCUGUAGGGAUUUACCCAGACAGGUCAAAUGAUAGGACACAGAAGUUUACAGGAUAUAUACGUUCCUGUAGGGAUUUACCCAGACAGGUCAAAUGAUAGGACACAGAAGUUUACAGGAUAUACACGUUCUUGUAGGGAUUUACCCAGACAGGUCAAAUGAUAGGACACAGAAGUUUACAGGAUAUACAGGUUCCUGUAGGGAUUUACCCAGACAGGUCAAAUGAUAGGACACAGAAGUUUACAGGAUAUACACGUUCCUGUAGGGAUUUACCCAGACAGGUCAAAUGAUAGGACACAGAAGUUUACAGGAUAUACACGUUCUUGUAGGGAUUUACCCAGACAGGUCAAAUGAUAGGACACAGAAGUUUACAGGAUAUAUACGUUCCUGUAGGGAUUUACCCAGACAGGUCAAAUGAUAGGACACAGAAGUUUACAGGAUAUACAGGUUCCUGUAGGGAUUUACCCAGACAGGUCAAAUGAUAGGACACAGAAGUUUACAGGAUAUACACGUUCCUGUAGGGAUUUACCCAGACAGGUCAAAUGAUAGGACACAGAAGUUUACAGGAUAUACACGUUCCUGUAGGGAUUUACCCAGACAGGUCAAAUGGUAGGACACAGAAGUUUACAGGAUAUACACAUUCCUGUAGGGAUUUACCCAGACAGGUCAAAUGGUAGGACACAGAAGUUUACAGGAUAUACACGUUCCUGUAGGGAUUUACCCAGACAGGUCAAAUGGUCAGAAAACUCCUGCCCCUGAUGAGAGUUUAAGAAAUUAGAGUAAAAAAAUCAACACUUAUAUUGAAAAUGAAAAGUAUACAUUUUAGUUAAGGUGCAAAUCCAGGUGGCAAAUGAAAGUUAACUAAUAGGGAAAAAAAGAAAGACCUUGAAUUUUCAUCAGUGCACAGGCUGGCACUGGUGUCAAUGUUAUCUGUGGUAUGAGGCCCCCAUCCUUCCCUCCCCCAUCUCAGCCCAUCUGUGCCCACCAGCCUCCUCUACUCAGAGCCCAGAGCAAAUUAGGUCUGAUUUUAAUAACCCAAGGGAAGGGAACUGUUGCAUUGUUUUACUAAUAGGGAGGAGGAGUGUUUGUUGAGAGUUAAUUUAAUAGAUUGCUUUGAAGAGUAAGUGUGUGUGUGUGUGUGUGUGUGUUUGCCAACAUGUGGUGGUUGUGGGGGCGUUGCACAUCUCUAUAAAAUUGAGAGGGUUGAGUGUUGCUCCAAGACACUUGUGCAGAGCCAUGCUUUGUGACGGACCAAUGUCAGGAGAGAGCCUGCUGAGUCCAGCUCAGACAGAAUUCCACUCAGUGGGGACAGUUGAUCUCUUGUCAGAAUACACCCUGAUGUUACCGGGGGAAACCUUGGAGGACCACAGCAAUACCAGCAAAUUGGGGCCAGGGUGCAAUGAGGAGUCAUGUCCACAGGGGGCGGUAUGGCCCUGCGCUGGCUGUGGAGAGUCCAUCAGAGACCCUGUGGUGCUACGGGUUGGGUCAAACCAGCAGUGGCACACAGGGUGCCUGUGCUGUGACGAGUGCCACUGUCCCCUGGGAGAGAGUGUCAGCUGCUUCCUGAGGGACGGGAGGACCUUGUGUAGGACAGAUUAUGCACGACUAUUUGCAGAGAAGUGUGGAGGCUGCGGGGAGGCAGUACUGUCCUCUGACCUGGUUGUGAGGGCAGGAAGACAGAACUAUCACCCUGACUGUCUGCACUGCUCGCUCUGUGGUGCAUUACUCAUGCCUGGGGAUAGCUUCACCCUGGGACCAGGAGGACCAUGCUGCCAGGCAGAGCACACGAUGCCAGAGCAACAGAUCCAAAAAGCAGACUCACUAAAGAAAAGAAAAGGGUCAGGGAGAAGAGGAGGAGUUUGGGAGAGAAGGUGGUUGGACAGGGGUAGGAGUAGAGGGGUGCGGGUGCGGGUGCGUACUGUCCUCAGUGACACCCAGCUGAAAGCCUUGUGCACCUGCUACUCCCAGACCCCCCGGCCUGACGCAGAGGUCAAGCUCCAGCUGAGUCAGCUGACUGGCCUAAACAAGAGGGUCAUCAGGGUGUGGUUCCAGAACAAACGCUGCAAGGACAAGAAGAGCCACGCCAAAAAAGGAGGCAGACCAGUGUCAGACUUGGACUUUACAGCCCUGCUGUGUACUGCAGCCAGACCGAUGGUGGUCCUCUCUCCUGAGCCCCCUGACUUUGCCCUCCAGAUUUACGUCUAUGAGUCAUCAUGGCAACCACUUGACGGCCAAAUCAAGCUCUCAGCUGACCAUGACGAGCUGACCCUCACUCAUAUUUCCCAGAGAACGUGUUUUUCAGAAGACCUGGGUUCUCCACCGCAGCAGGGUGAUGAGUACGCCGUCACCAUUCGGACUAUCUAGACAGCCACCAUCCCAACAUCCUCACUGAACUGUUACUGUAACUGAGUUAUCAAGACCCUGUGUCUAAUCUGAAGGGGCUUCAAGCAUCUGUAAAUCAUGUAAUUAGUUAUUUAAUGUAUGCUAUAAUUAUUCAACUAGUUCCCAAACAGGAGAAUGUUGUGUUGGGGGAAAAAAAGAGGACAUCAUUUGGGUCCCAGUUCAGCAUGUUCUGUUUUCUGUAUGGGUAAAUGGAUUAAAGGUUAUGGGUCAAUGAGACAGAACAAAAUGUGCACCACUAUACUAUGGCCCAUGCAGCACACAGUGGUUUUAGACCAUGAGGUUUCAUCCAGACCGCCAGUCAUCACAUGAAGCUUUAACUUCUGGCAGACUAUGGUGUGAUCUGUCAACAUGUGAUUUAAACACAGUCUGUUUGCAUAGUCAAAGUCUGGAAGUUUGCGUUUGGGAAUUAAUUAAAUCUCCACAA